AAUAUAUAUUAGCAGCCAGGAGAAGUAGUGCGCAUAUUUCUCUAUUACAAUACCAGAGAAAUUUAAACAAACAUAACUUAAAAUAAAUCAGGGACAUUACAGCAGCAUUAGCAUACCAGCAACCACCAUAGGUCUCGCGGAGACAGCCGUCCUGGACAUAAUGGCUGCUAAUUUGCAACAGCAGCGCUCCAUCAACUUGCAGCUACGGCGGGAAAUGGAGAUGGAGCGGAUGCCCGUCUCGGUGGCCUGCUCCUUGAUGAUGAAGUACAUGUUGGAGCACGAGGAAGAGGAUUGCCUGCUCAGCGGCUUCACCCAGAAGGUGAAUCCGUUUCGCGAGAAGAGCUCCUGCAGCAUCAUAUAGAUUCGGAUAC